CCUCCCAGGCUGCACCGCGACAGAAAAUGGCCGUGCUGCUGUAGAGGAUUUUCCGAAGGGCGUAGCUGCUGUGGGCCUUGUGCGACGCGUUCCUUUGCCCCGCUCAUGAGGCACCUGAGGCCCUGCUGCUAGUGCCGGCGUCGACGUUGUGCUCGGGGCGGUCUGCGGGCCUCCUUUCGUGCCGGGGAGGAAGAGCGGAGGGAGAUAAAAAGCAAGGGAAAAAGACCGAGGAAGAAAGGGGGCUUUCGAUCGGGAUCCACCCAGCGGCUCACACAGCUGACUUUGUCCAGGGCAGCGGCUGGGGAGGGAAAGGACCCCCAGCGAGAGGAAGGACGUCCCCCUCGCCCGGACCAAUGACGGACCAAAGGAGGCAUCGGCGCAGAGAUUAAGUGAUAAAAGUGCGAGGAAAAAGGGGCCACCAUGUCGGGCGAGGACGUGGAUAAGGGUAAUGAGGACUCCAUCAAGGUGGUGGCUCGGUUCCGGCCACUGAAUGACUCUGAGGAACGGGCUGGGUCCAAAUUCAUUGUCACAUUCCCACACAGCAAAGAUGACUCGCAAGUCAGUAUAGGGGGUAAAGUCUAUCAAUUUGAUAGCAUUUUAAAACCAAAUGUUACUCAAGAAAAGGUAUAUAAUACAGCAGCCAGAGAUAUUGUUAAAGAUGUCCUCAACGGCUACAAUGGAACCAUAUUCGCAUAUGGUCAGACCUCUUCAGGAAAGACCCAUACGAUGGAAGGUGUCAUUGGUGAUCCAAAUCUUCAGGGCAUCAUACCUCGCAUCAUCAGUGAUAUCUUCAAUCAUAUCUAUAACAUGGAAGAGAAUCUGGAGUUCCACAUUAAAGUUUCCUACUUCGAAAUCUAUAUGGACAAGAUCCGGGAUCUCUUAGACGUGUCGAAAGUGAAUCUGGCUGUGCAUGAAGACAAAAACCGGGUACCUUUUGUGAAGGGCGCAACAGAACGCUUUGUAUCGUCUCCUGAGGAAGUUUUUGAAGUUAUUGAAAUGGGCAAGAGUAAUCGUCAUGUAGCAGUUACAAGUAUGUCCCGACUGUUUUUAUUACUCUUUAUUAUUAUCUUUCUUUCUUUCUUUCGUGUGGGAGCAAUUUGCUGGCAUGAAGUGGCGCUUUAGCUUAUGAUUUGCCAAGUAAAUAUUGAUGAGUCC